AAGUUUCCCACCUAAAAUUAACCGCCAUUUCAUUUUCCCGCAUUUAAAAUGACGACCAAAUCUCAAGCUAAUUAAAAAUCCCUCAAAAACUCUUAUCCUAUUCUUUCUUGUUUUCAGUUUCUUCACUCACUGGCCCAAGUCUCUCAGGUGAACGGAGAUGGCAGGAAAAGGUGGAAAGGGGCUUUUGGCGGCGAAAACAACCGCAGCUAACAAGGACAAGGACAAGGAUAAGGACAAGAAGCGUCCGGUUUCUCGUUCAUCUCGUGCCGGAAUUCAGUUCCCAGUGGGUCGUAUCCACCGUCAUCUCAAGUCUAGGGCAUCUGCAAAUGGGAGAGUUGGGGCCACAGCCGCCGUUUACUUGGCCUCUAUUCUCGAAUACCUGACAGCUGAGGUUCUUGAGUUGGCUGGAAACGCAAGCAAGGAUCUGAAAGUGAAAAGAAUCACCCCAAGGCAUCUGCAGCUGGCUAUUAGGGGGGAUGAAGAGCUUGAUACCCUCAUCAAGGGUACCAUUGCUGGAGGUGGUGUCAUCCCUCACAUUCACAAGUCUCUAAUCAACAAAACUACCAAGGAGUAGUAGCAAUGUCUGAUUUUAAACUAGAUAUUGACUGUUGUGUACUUUUUAUCUGUUAUGUCAGUGUGUUAUUUGUAGGCUUUGUUUUAUCUGUCUAGUACAUCUGGUCAUUAUAUAAGUUGUAGUAACAUUCUAGGUUCUUGUCUUUGAACUUAUGAUCUUUGUUUAGGGUAGGGAUGAUGAUGAUGUUUUGUUGGAUACUUUUUAACUGUGGUUUUCCUUAGAUGCUUUUAUCA